AUUUAUAUCCUGUCAAAGUCUAGACCAGUAAUGUGAGGGUUCGAGAUUAGUUUCUCUCUUUAAUUGUGACUUUUCUUCUACGAGACCUACGUUGACAGGUACUAUCGGGCCCUGAUACAGAUCAGAGCAAUACACUGCACAGUCCUGGGCGCGUCCUGAUCUGCGACCAUCUGUUCAGACCAUGUCUCCUCCUGGGUUCUCUAAUUUCAAAUUCUUCAAUGUGACAGUCCCAAGUCAACAUGUGGUUCAUGUGGAAAUCAAUCGGCCGGAGAAAAUGAAUGCAUUUUAUGGCCCUAUGUGGUUUGAGUUGAAGGCAAUCUUUGAACAGGUUUCUGUGGAUCCAGAAGUCCGAUGUGUAUUGCUAUCUGGGGCAGGGGAUCGUGCAUUUACUGCAGGCCUAGAUGUAGCGGAAGCCUCGAAACCCGACAACCCUUUGACAAGCCCAGGAGCCAUCGACCCAUCCCGCAAGGCUACGAUUCUACGGAGACAUAUACUCGAGCUGCAAGACGUCGUGAGCAGUCUGGCUCGAUGUGAGAAGCCCAUCAUAGCACUAAUGCAUGGCUACACGUUUGGACUAGGCAUCGAUCUGUCAUCGGCAUGCGAUAUCCGGUUCUGUCUUGCCGACACCAAAUUCUGCGUCAAAGAAGUAGACAUUGGAUUGGCCGCGGAUGUAGGAACCUUGAGUCGACUGCCCAAAGUGGUGGGUGGAGUGACUAGUUGGGUCAAAGAAAUAUGCCUUAGCGCCCGAGUAUUCUCAGCCGAAGAAGCGAAACAAAACAACUUUGUUAGCCGGGUCAUCAGUGGCGGCAAGGCUGAGCUGCUCAAGGAAGGGCUGAGUUUCGCACAGUAUAUUGCAGGCAAGAGUCCUGUGGCUGUACAGGGGACCAAGGCCAUCUUAGACGCGGCAUGGGGGAGAACUGUGGAGGACAAUCUCAACUACACGGCGGUUUGGAAUGCGGGCAUGUUGCAGAGCACGGAUGUCCAAAGAGCCAUGUUGAGUGGACUGCGAAAGAAAACACCGACGUUUGAAAAGCUGUGAUGUGAGGCGUCGGAUGGUUACAGGAUGAUGUCGAUGACGGGCGGGAGAUCAAUCAGAUGUGGCGUUGCGCUAUUUUUCACUUGAUAGAAGUCAAAAACCCAAAACAGGACGCUUGAGGAGGCAGCAUGAUGACAUUAUUGCAUUAUUGUC